UAAACCUUCCUCUGAACCAUUGCUAUCCAAGAAAGCUUUCAGAUUUGCGCAUAUCGGCAAUUUGUUCCGACCUUGCAUACAUACAGCGAUUUUGUUUCGUAGUUAUCUUGUUCCAAGGAUUUUAAGAGUUUUGUACUCGAAAAAUGGCUGAGGAAGCGCACAAGGUUACGUUGAAUGUCUAUGAUCUAAGCCAAGGCUUAGCACGCCAGCUCUCGCAGUCACUUUUGGGAAAGGUUAUCGAAGGUGUAUGGCAUACAGGAAUAGUUGUUUAUGGAAAUGAGUACUUUUUUGGAGGAGGAAUACAGCAUCUCCCUGUUGGAAGAACUCCAUAUGGAGCACCAAUUCGAACUAUAGAGUUGGGUCUAUCACAUGUUCCUAAAGACGUUUUUGAGAUGUAUUUGGAAGAAAUCAGUCCUCGUUACACCGCUGAAUCUUACAAUUUACUUACUCACAACUGCAACAACUUCAGCAACGAGCUCUCUCAGUUUUUGGUGGGUAAAGGGAUUCCAGACUACAUUCUUCAGCUUCCCAAUGACGUUCUUAACAGCCCCAUGGGUGGUCUUAUAAUGCCUAUGUUACAAGGCCUCGAAACAACUCUGAAAGCAGGUGCUGUUCCUCAAGUUCCACAGUUUAGGCCACAGCCACAGCCACAGCCUUUUGGAGCUUUUACUAAAGAUGAAGGUCCAAAAUUUGAGAAAGCUUCUAAGCCUGAGGAAGCAAAUACCUCGGCUGCAACUGAAAAAGUGCCACCUGUUGUUCCACCGUCAGCUAGUGAAGAGAAGGUGAAAGGGGACCCGUUGGGUGAUGCUAGGACCAAGAUUCAAGAAGAGAUUACUCGUGAAUUUGCAGCUUUGAUGGCACAAGGCACACUACGUGCAAGUGAAGCAGCUGCUAUGGCGACAAAAAGAGUUAUGCAAAAAUACGGACAUCUUAAUGUAACUGCUUAGUCAAAUAACAGAGAUGAAACAGUUUAUUUUUAUUGUAUUGAAAUUGAGUCAGAAUCUUGAACGAUUUAUUACUAUUUUCCCACCUAUAUUUCUCGUA